AUGUCGUCUCUCCCACCUGACCCAUACAAGAUCCUCGGUGUAUCCAAAGACGCUCAACUAUCAGAGAUUCGAUCUGCCCACCGGAAGCUGGUGCUGAAAUGCCAUCCUGACAAGGUCCAAGAUCCCAAGCUGAAGGAAGAGAAGCAAAAAGAAUUUCAGCAAGUCCAGCAGGCUUAUGAACUACUAAGCAAUGAGGCCGAACGGACCAGAUACGAUGAUAAAGUCAAACUCGAGGAGCUGAGAAGAGAUAGGGGAAUGACGUCGACAUCGACGUCGUCUCCUCGUACUUCGAAGCGUUCUGAAACCAAAUACCACUUUGAUGUUCGUGAAGCUGAACCUCGGCCAACAACAUUUGCUGGCUCACCUAGCUCCCACAAUGUAUAUGGCCAUACGCCUCCAUCCCGCUCCUGGGAUGAGGAUAUACAUGCUAGGAAAUUCGAUGAGAAGGCUCGUUACGCAAGGAAGACGGCGAGCUAUGAGUAUGAGAGAGAGAAACCCUCUAGGAAAGACGAGGAGCGCCGGAGACGAAGAGAUGAGGAAGAAUGGAACCGUGAGAAGGACAAGGCAAAGGAAAGAGAAAGGGAAGAGCGGUUAAAGGAGCGCGAGCAUCGAGAGCCUAAGAAGGAGAAGGAACGGCGCAAAGAUGAACGAAAGGAGGACAAGAAGCGAUCCGAUAAGGACCGUCGCAAAGAAACCGAAGACAAGCAUCGCCGUCACAAGUCUCCCUACAUAGAAGUAUGCCCAGACGACCAAGAAGAGGUCAUCUAUACGACGUCAUCUUCUAAGUCGGAGAAGAAGAAGCCUAGUAGCAGCCGGAAGUAUGAAGAGGUACCCAGUGCCCCCCCGCCCCGAGAAACAAGUCGUCCACCAUCAACUACCGACCGCGAAAGGAAGAAUUCGGAAACUUUGGAGUCUGCAAUUCGGUACCUGAGCAGAUCCGGUGGAAAGCCACCAACGCUCAACCGGGCGCAGACAUAUCAUCCGGAAUUCUCGGUUCGGCAUAUCACUCCGAUCGCCGUGCCAACGCCGCCGCCUGCUGCUGCUUCGGCAUUUGCACCUCCGCCUAUGGCCAAUGCUAGGGAUGUACCAUUGUGGAUGAAGACCCUAUGA